AUGAUUCACUUGUCGAUUCGCAUGCUCUCGAAACUACUAGUUUUGUUGUUGUGUCAUCUUGUGGUUGCAAACUUUGUAGACUCUUUGCAGCAGCUAUCUUGCCAUGCCGAGGAGAGCUCUGCCUUGAUGCAAUUCAAGGAGAGCUUUAUUAUUGACAAAUCUGCUUCACGUUCUAAAGGUGCUUAUCCAAAGGUUUCAUCAUGGAAACCAACUGCAGGAGGAAAUAACAGUUGCUGCUCGUGGGAUGGCGUGGAGUGUGACGAGAUGACGGGUCAUGUUAUUGGCCUUAAUCUCAAUAGCAGUUACCUCUACGGAUCUUUCGACUCCAAUAGUAGCCUGUUUAGCCUGGUGCAUCUUCAAAGGUUAAGUCUCUCUGACAAUGACUUCAUUUACUCUCAAAUUCCAUCUAGCAUAAGAAAUUUUCCAAGCCUCACUCAUCUUGACCUCUCUGCCUCUUUCUUUUCUGGUCAAGUCCCAUCUGAAGUCUCACACUUGUCCAAGUUGACAUACCUUAAUCUGCGUUGCAAUAUUCUUGAAAUUGAAACAUCUCCUGAUAAUCCUCAGCGAUUGUUGAAACUUCAACCAUCCGAUAUGAGUAGUCUGGUUCAAAAUUUAACUAGUCUAGAAACUCUUGAUCUUAGUUUCAUUAACAUAUCAUCAAUCAUACCAGUUUCCUUGACAAAUUCAUCAUUUUUAACACACCUUGCCCUCAAGAAAUGUGAUCUGUUUGGCGAAUUCCCAGUGAAAAUUUUUAGUCUACCGAACUUAGAAGUUCUUAAUGUGAGAUACAACCAAGAUCUCAUUGGAUAUUUGCCCAUAUUUAAUCGAAGUAGUCAUGUCGUCUCACUGAAAGUUGGGUUUACUAGUUUUUUCGGAACCAUACCUUCUUCGAUUGAAAAGCUUAAUGCAUUGCAAAAGUUGGAUGUCGCUCAAUGCAAUUUUUCACAUUCGUUGGUUCCAUCUGCACUUGGUAAUCUUAGACAGCUCACUUACCUAGACAUUUCAGCAAACAGAUUUGGAGGUCCAAUUCCUGAUUCUUUGGCAAACCUUACCCAAUUGACUGUGUUUAGAGCUGGUACGAAUUCUUUAACUGGUCCAAUUCCAUCUUGGCUAGAAGCAACAAAAUCUCUACCAACUCCAAUUGAGUUCGAACAACUUUGA